UCUCUAGGUAAAACGGAAGACGGACAUUUUUGCAGACAUUUCUUACUGGAUUGCAGAAAGGAAUCAUGACUGAAAUCGCACAGAAGACAGAAAUUCUGCUUUCUUCAUCUAAACCUGUACAAAAGUGCUAUGUCCCCAAACUUCGAAAAGGUGAUGUAAAGGAUAAAUUUGAAGCCAUGCAGAAAACAAGGGAAGAAAAAAAUCAGAGACGAACAAAAGAAGAAAAGCAAAGAAGAAGAGAACAAUAUAUUAGAGAGAAAGAAUGGAACAGGCGAAAGCAGGAGAUGAAAGAACUUCUUGCUUCUGAUGAUGAAGAAGAAAACUCUUCUAAAGUAGAGAAAGCUUAUGUUCCAAAACUGAUAGGUAAGGGAAAUUUUAUAAACGUCUUGACCUCCAUUAUCAGUGCUUUAGUAUCAUACU